AAUUAAAUACCCUUAGCGCGUGCGUGCCAACUCAGUGUCCCUUGAGCUGCGGUGGAAGGGUGUCGUGCGUCUCUCCUCUCCGUAUCAGUGGGAAAUCGAUACGUAAUAAGGAAGUCACGUGUUGUAUUGAGUCGAUUGGUGUUUGCUGGCACAGAAUCAUGAACAAGCGGAGGUAAAGAAGCAAGAACAGCAAGAAUAUCACUCGCGCGCCCGCACACACGCCCACGCACACGCCCACGCACACACGCAGCCAUGAUUGAAAGCAGAGAGUGGUGUUUCAGAGUGUCCUGCUGUGUGGACCCUGAGGAGACGGUGUGUGUGGUGGGCAGCAGUGAGUCUUUAGGAGGAUGGGAGUCCCAGAACGUGGUCCCCCUCACCAGGGAGUCCCCCUUGGUGGAGGAGGGGGGGGAGUCCCUCUGGUCCACCUGCCUGCAAGUUCCGCUUAUUGGUGUUGAGUACCGCUACUGUGUGUGCAUUGUGCUGGAGCCUCGCCCUGGCCUGCACGAGAGGACUGUGGUGGUGAGGCGGUGGGAGACUAACCUUCUGCCACGGAGACUCAGAGAUGGAGUGACAUGCCCAGCAGACCCACAGGCGGAGAAGUUUGGCUCAUACGGAGGGUUUGAACGAGUGGACCAAGGAUGGCUGGUGCGUGACUCCGUGGUACAGCUUAGAUUGUGUUCCUCCGCCUUGUACAACGACCCUGUGAUGCUGUUCAAGAAGAGAUACCAGGAUAAGAAGGUUCGAGUGAAAGUAACACCAGUGGAGCUUGAUGCCACAACACCACAGGAACCAACAGUCAUUGGUGUUGAAGAGAGCACCGACUUUGAUCUCUCUAACCUUCGCCUCAACACCAAACCAAUCUGGCCAAUUAUGGAGGUUGCGGUAAUGAAAGAAGAAGCUUGCAAGUUCCGAACACAAGAUCAGUUUGGCGUGGUCUGCAAUAAUGGAGACUACAUUGUGUUCCAGUGUAGAAUGCUUAUGCCGGAGAGCAAUAUGUUCCUAUGCGACUUCUACGUGGAGGAAGGUGAAGAAAUUCCAAAAUAUCUCGGCUGUUCGUAUAUUCUGCCGUCAAAUCUUAAGGAGAAUUUCGGGGUUGCCACAUUACCUAUUACCUCACCCAAACAUGCUCCCGUGGGCCAGCUGACAGUUCACUACAUGGUGGUGUACCCAAUGAAGCACGGAGGGGACAUGAGUGUGUCAUUCGCCCGUCACUGGAAGGACAGCUGGAAGGGAUUGGAGGUUGGACAAGGCGCUGGGAACUCCUACCACUCCGAGCCUAAGAGCUGUGCCAAUAUCCGUGAGAACACUGUGGCUUCCCUCAAGUACGCAGCAGAGAAAGGGGCAGACAUGGUUGAGUUUGAUGUGCAGCUCAGCAAAGAUUUAGUCCCAGUCAUCUACCACGACUUCCACGCCUGUAUUGCUCUCAAGAGGAAGAAGGAGCAGGAUCAGACGGACUUGCUAGAAAUCCCCAUUAAAGAUUUGACUCUGCAGCAGUUACAGGCCUUGAAGGAUGUGCGUCAUCUCACCGAGGGCAUCCCGUGUGACAUCCUCUCUUACUGUGAUCAAGAGGACCUGGUGUACCACAGGAAGGAGAAAGGUCUAAGUAAGUUCCAGGAUGAGGAUUUUGAGGACCACCAGCCGUUCCCCACCCUGCAGAAGGCUUUAGAGGUGGUGCCCCAUACUUGUGGCUUCAAUGUGGAGGUGAAGUGGACCAUGCAGAUGAGAGAUGGGACUUAUGAACUCCAGCACCCGUUUGAGCUGAACCAUUUCCUCGACUUGAUUAUUAAGAUGAUCCUAGAGCACUCCGACAAGAGGAAGAUUGUGUUCUCCUGCUUCCACCCAGACAUUUGCACCAUGCUGAGGCUAAAACAGAACAGGUACCCGGUAAUCUUCCUCACCCAGGGCAUCUCGGAGGUGUGGCCGCCCUAUGAGGACCAGAGGACAAACAGUGUGCAGCAGGCUAUUCUGUAUGCUGUUAAUGCUGAUAUCCUGGGCAUCAACGUCCACACAGAGGACUUGAUGCGAGACCCGAGCCAGGUGACGGCUGCCAUGGACCACAACCUCAUAGUCUUCUGCUGGGGCGACCAGAACAACGACCAGGAGAACAUCAAAUUCCUCAAGAAAGUCGGACUGCAUGGGAUUAUUUAUGACAAAAUUGACGUUUACAACACAAAGGACAAGAAGGAGAGCAUAUUCCUCUGUGAAGAACGGCAGGCAGCUGACGUGUUAGUGAGAGGGGAGGAGAAGAAGAAGAAGGAGGAAGAGGAAGAGCAGGAGGUUGUAUCUGGCUUGACUCCCCCUAAUGCUCUGGUUAUGCAAGGAGGGGCAGGGGAGAUGUCAGCGUACAACGGUGUUUGUCCCUUACCGACAUCAUUCACUGGUAUUUUGUCUAAUUGAGAGAGAGAGAGAGAGAGAGAGAGAGAG